UAGUGCUUUUAUAAAAAAUUAUGUCUUUAGAAGUAAAAAAUCUAGCAACCUCCACUUCAAUCUAUGUUUUAUUGUGGAACUGUGUUUUGCACAUGAGUGCAUAAUGCCAAAAAAAGAUGAUAAUCGUUUUGAGAAACGUCACAAGGAUCCAUAUCGUUGUGACAUUACUCUAAGUGAUUAUCAUCUUUUUUUGGAGGAUGAGGGAGUAUCUCCUAUCCUAAAACACAAAUCUUCUCACAAGUAAGUUUUGCAGUAUGAGGUUUUGCAUUGUCCUGUAAGAAUAGUAUUUUCUUUUGAUUAACUAAUCCUGGCUGUUUCUGAAGUAAUGCAUCCUACAGAAGUCAAGUUGCAUCAAGUAGAACUAUGCUGUAAUUGUUUGGCCUGAAACUCAUAGGUGACAGUACUGCUGUAGCCCAUCACACACAAAGCAUAGUCUUAUGGGGAUGAAGUGGUGUCUUUGAAGUUGCAGUAACUUCAUUUCCUGAGUACAUGAUCCUUUUUUCAUCACAAGUGAGCAAGCCAUCCAAAAAUGGCUCAUUUUUAUGAUGCGAAAGAAGUGAAGAACAAAUUGUUAGUCUUUGAAGUUUGUCAUCUGAUUAUGCAUGUGGGACUCAUUUGUUUAGCUUCCAUGAUUUUCCUAGUUGAUGCAAGUGUAAACAAAUUGUUUCAUCACAUAGGUUAAACAUUUUUGAAAGUACAGUAAGACCCUGCUUAAUGCUGUUUCAGUAUUAUUCGGUAAUGUUGGAUUCCCCGAACGCAUGUUUGCUGCGUCACAGUUGAUUUAUGAUAGGUCAUCAACUUUAUUGUGUGUAUAAAGAUAUAAACAGAUUAUUUUAUUGUGAUAAAUACGGCAUUUUUUAGUUUUUUACAAUUGGUGAUUGCAAAGAAAAAGAAAGUAAAGCGAGAAGAAAAAGCAUUUCACUGGAAACUAAAAUGCAGGUGCUCAGACGAUUAGAUGCAGGUGAACGGCAAUCUGAUAUUGGCACUGCGUUAAAUUUGUCAACUUCAACAAUAUAGACAAUUUUAAAAAAUAAAGAAAAAAUCCUAUCAUCAGCAACCACAACGACUUCGACAACAAAAAUUACCUGUACCAGAAGCAAUCUGUUAGAGGAAAUGGAGAAAUGACUUUCCAUCUGGAUUGACAAUGAAGUUGAAUGCAAUAUGCCAUUAAGUCAAGCAAUUAUAAUGGAUAAAGUGAGAAAAAUUUUAAACCAUAUUCAGAAUGAAAAAGGUGACAUGAGUGAAAAUUUCGUAACUAGUUGUGGGUGGUUUAACCAAUUUAAAAACAGAAACAAUUUUCAUAAUAUACAGGUUACUGGAGAAGUGGCAAGUGGAGAUACAAAAGCAGCUGCAGCAUUUCCAGCAACAGUAAGAGCAAUCAUUGAACGAGGGAAUUAUCCUCCUGAAUUAGUUUUCACUGUUGAAGAAGAAACUCUUUUCUGGAAGAGAAUGCUAAAACAUUUAUCCCAUGAAGAAAAGCAAGCUACAAAAGAUCGUUUAACACUUCUACUGAGUGGUAACACUAAUGGAGACUUUAAAUUAAAACCACUGCUUGUUUAUCAUUCCAAAACCCCAAGAGUAAUGAGGGGAAUUUCAAAAUCAUCUUUACCAGUCAUUUGGGAGUCCAAUAAAAGAUCUUGGAUCACUAUGAAAAUUUUGCAGAAUUGGUUUACCAAACAUUUUUGCCCGUCUAUUAAACGCUACUGUGGAUUUAAAAAACUAGAACCGAAAGCUCUACUUUUGAUCGAUAAUGCUCCAAGCCAUUCAAUGCUUUUAUCUGACUUAACAACGUGCAUUCCAGUAGAAGUGGUUUUCCUGUCGCCAAAUACAACUUCGUUAAUCCAACCAAUGGAUCAAAGCGUAAUAUCAAAUUUUAAAGCUUAUUAUCUGCGGUGGACAUUCCGACAACUGAUUGAUAAAACAGAUGGAGCAGAUAAACAAUCCAUUAGAGAUUUUUGGAAAAACUAUAAUAUCAUGGAUGCUGUAGACAACAUCAAUCUUUCCUGGAAUGAGGUGACCAAGAAAUGUUUGAAAGAAGUAUGGAAGAAUGUAUGGCUGGAGCUAAGCAAGGAUGUUGACACAAGAGAAUCCAUUGUUGAUGUCAAUGAAAUUGUCAAGCUAGCUAAUGAAACAGGGUUGGAUAAUAUAAAUGUGCAGGAUAUUCAAGAGUUACAACAGGAUAUGAAAGUUACAACUGGAGAAAGUUUUUCCAACAACAAUCUUAAAGACUUAGUAGAACAAACAGGUGCAUGAAGUUGACGAAAUUAGCAUUUCUGAAGAUGAGGAACAAAAGGCACUUUCAACGGAUUUUCUAAAAGAAACUUUAGCCACUAUAACAGAAAUUAUGGAUCAGUUUAUACAAAGUGAUUUAAAUUUUGAUAGAAGUUCAAAGGCAAGACGAAGUGUUGUGGAUGCGAUAUCUUGCUAUUGACAACUGCUUGCUGAACGAAACAGGAAAAGGCAAACGACAUUAGAUGACUUCUUCACAAAGAAACAAAAGAUGUCAAAUGAGGAAGAACCUUUCUCAUCACAAACAUAACUUCAUUACUCAAACUUUUUUUUAUGAAUGUUUUAUGAAUAAAUAUCGAUAUUAGCAGUAAAUAAGGCUAUAAUUAAUGCAUUUAACAAUAAAUGUUACGAAAUAAAACAAACAAAAAAAAACCUGAUAAAUUUUAUUCUUCUCUGUUCUGUUUUGCAUAUCCCCAUUAUUUGACCCCGUUUAAUGCUGUUUCGUUUAGCACUCUGUCAUCUAGGAACACAUCCCCUGCAUUAAGCGGGGUCUUACUGUACUUGCCAUGUUAAUCUAGAAUUAUUUUCAACUUUGUCAUGUAAUUCUUCAUUAUCAAUAAUGGAGAGUCUACCUGAAUGUGGUGUAUCUUCAAGUGAUUUGUCAUUAGAAGCAAAUUUUUUAAACCAUUUCUGUGCAAUACAUUCUGAUUACUGAUUUACAUUUUUUCCAAAUGCCACACAUGUCUUAUGGGAUGUUUCUGCUGCCUUCAAGCAGAGUUUAAAGUUAUAAAACAAAAAAGUCCAAGUUAUGCCAGGCAUAGCUGACAUUUUAAAAGGAUUUAAAGUAUCAGGAAAGCAGUGCACAUCAAAUGAAAGUGCAUUGACUGUAUUUAUGUAAAAAGUUUUGUUCUGCAAACCAAUACAAGUUGAAACAAAUAAUUGCUCACCCAAAUUACAUCGUUUGUUUACAUGAUAUAUACAACAACUGUUCUGAAAAUGUGCAACAGAUUAUUGUUCUGAGUUUGUGAGAUACUUGCAAGGUUGAUGUAAGUCUCUUUUUGAAAUGGUAUCAUUUACAUUCUCUCCACCUUUUACAUCAGCCUGUUUUCAGAAAGACAUUGCAGGAUAGCAGAUUCCACAGAUUUAACUUUGAGAAAAAAGUUUGACCUAAAAGUAACUGUUUUUUAUCUUUUGCUUGAUGAAAUUCACAGAAAUCACAUUAUGCAAGAUAUGGGCUGUAGAGGGUGGUCUAAUAGUUUACCACUAAUUUUUGUCAAAUCUUGCAAUGUUGAUUGUGCAACAAGCAGCCUAGCAUUAUCUUAAAAGAAGAAACCACUCUUUAUUAAGCACUUCCAGUCAUUUUAUUUUCCUGGCUCUGCCAUACUUUUCUUCUGUUAUAUAUAACAAUCAGUCAAAAACGAUCUCCCAAGAUUUUUUCAUUUUUGGACUAUGGAUCUUGAAAUGUCAAGAAAUUCCAAAAAGUUUGUGGGUUCUUUUUCUGCGAGGGGUUUGAUUUUGUUCAUUCAUUUUGAAGCUUAAUAACUCCUGUGCUUUAUGUUGAAAAUUUCUGAAAUUUUGCAGGAAGGUUUGUAUAUUAGGAAAUUGGUGCUAUUAAAUUUUGGUGGUUGAGGGGAUGGUGAGAUAGAGAGGGGAGGUUGUAUGUCAUAUCUCAAGUAGGGUUAGACUUAAUGAUGAUUUUUACUCAUUAUUAGUUGGCAUGUACAAUUUUUUUUUAUGAAACUU